AUGGGUGUCAACGGCCUCUGGCAAGUGCUGCAACCAUGCGCGCGCCCGACGAAGCUGGAGAUGCUGAACCGCAAGCGCCUCGCCGUCGAUGCCUCCAUCUGGAUCUACCAGUUCCUCAAGGCCGUGCGCGAUAAGGAGGGAAACGCGCUGCGGAACUCGCACGUCAUCGGCUUCUUCCGCCGCAUCUGCAAGCUGCUGUGGUUCGGCAUCAAGCCUGUCUUCGUUUUUGACGGCGGCGCCCCCGUGCUCAAGCGCGCCACGCUGCAGGGGAGGAAACGCAGGCGAGAGGGCCGUCGAGAAGAUGCCGUGCGCACCGCGAACAAACUCCUGGCCGUGCAGAUGCAGCGGCUCGCCGAGGCCGAGGCUGCUGAUCGACGGACGCAGCGCAGCAGGGCGCCUGAGGUGACUGCGAGCGUGACGGCUGGUGUUGCGGCAGGGGAUACUGAGGAUGGUGUUGCUGAGGGAGAGGUCAUUCCAGAUGCUGAGAAUAUAGUGUAUGCGGAUGAGCAGCUCUUGGACAAGACGGAGCGGCAAAAGAACCGCAAGUUUUUCAAACAGGACGCUUACCACCUGCCAGCCCUGGAAAAGAGUAUGCACGAGAUGGGGAAGCCCAACGACCCUCGAGUAAUGAGUAUUGAGGAGCUCGAGAUUUAUGCGCAGCAAUUUCACAAGGGAGAAGACAUCAAUCUCUAUGAUUUCAGCAAGAUUGAUUUUGAUGGUGACUUCUUCAAGAGCCUGCCAUCGGCCGACCGUUACAACAUCCUGAACGCGGCGCGUCUCAGAAGUCGACUUCGAAUGGGUCUCAGCAAGGAACAACUCAUGACCAUGUUCCCGAAUCGGAGGGAUUUCUCGCGCUUCCAGGUAGAACGAGUUCAGGAACGGAAUCGGUUGACGCAGCGCCUCAUGGUGGAAAUAGGCAUGUCGGAAAGCACCGAUCUGACAGUUAGUGGGCGCAUCAACAGCGAAAGAGGGCGCGAAUACAUUCUGGUCAAAAAUGAUGGUGCCGAGGGUGGAUGGGCCUUGGGCGUCGUGACAAGGGAGAAGGACAAAGGCGAAGCGCACAACCCUAUUGAUGUUGAUGCGCCUGCACGACGUGAUCUUCAGGAGGGCCAGGAUGAUGAAUGGGAGGACUCGGACGAGUUUGAGGAUGUCCCUAUCGAGGGUUUGAACAGACUUCCCAAGGCGAACAAGCCCAAAGGGGAAGGGUUGCUCACUGCUGAGGGUAUUGAGGAAGACUCGAUGUUUGUGGACCAGGCACAGUCAAUCGACAAUCUUUUCGAAGACCCUGAUCAGAAUGAGGAUCUAGCAGCUGAUGAGCAAGAGGACAUUAACCGGGCCAUCGCCAUGUCUUUAAAGAGCCAACAUGGAUCAGGAAAUCACAAUGAAGUGGACAUCGACUCGGAUAGCAAAAAGAAUGCUACGAUCCCAGAAUGGGAGCAAAAGGCUGCCGAAAAAGCCAAACCAAUAUUUGGUGGAAGCGGAAGGACCAUUGCGCACCUUGUCAACAACCGAGCCAGUCGCAUGGUUCCCAAAGCUCGUGUCACGGCUGCGCCUGAAUCUCAAACAAAGGCGGAUGUCGAUACUGAUAGCGACAGCGACGAUGAUCUGAUGGCUAUCAUGGCCAAAGCUCGCAAAAAUAAGCAGAAACAACAAACAGCUCCUAAGCCGGCCGGGAGUUCAGCUACAGUAUCGUCCAAAAACCCUUUCGGCGGCCCAUUGCCCUUUGAGAAGCUGGAUUGGAGGACUUCUGUUUUUGAACCCAAGCCUGCAGAGGUGAAGAUGCAAGGGGAAUUCCUCAGCGCCGAUCCACAGGCUGCGGCUUUGCCUAAGCCGUCACCAAUGGCCGAUAGACUUGAUGCCCUAGCUGAUGAAGAUGAUGAAGUUGAAGGGGGAUUCGAACGCCCGGCCCCUGAGGCGGAGGGCCCUCGACCCUUACCCCCUUGGAUGCUCGAUACCGAAACCGACAUUAGAGAUUCUGUCAAAAACCAGGCGGCCGCGCAGGCAGAUAUGAAUGCGGAAGAUCGUCAACUCGUCAUGGAGGAGCGGCAGAGGUAUCAGAAGGAGCUUGCGCACCAAUACGUGGAGAUUGAGUCGUCUGAAGAGUCGGAUGACGACGACAUCGAAAUCAUCGAGGCUCCGCAGAAGACAGUAGACUCCUUGCAAAAGGAGCCGUCGCCAGUAAAUCCGCCCGAGCCGAUGAUUUUGAACCAGCCAAAUAUUGAGGCCCCAGAAAGUGUGUCUGACGAACAACAAGCAAUAAAUGAAGCGACGCCGGCAACAGCUACGCCGGUUGUAGAACCUGAGAAUUCUUUUGAAAAAGGAGCAGAAUCACCAUCGUCUUCACCAGAACCUGAAUUUGAGGAUGUUGAAAUAGCGGCGCCAGAGCCCACAAACAUAGGCGAACCAACGGACCAGACACAUGCUUUCGGUGCACUUAUUUCUGGGCCUCAGGACACCGUCGAUGCGGAUGCGCAGCAACUGGCCCAGGCUAGUGUCGAUGAUGCUUUCAAUGCUAUCCAGGAGUUUGAUGACUUCAGCGACUCCGAGGACGAAGAGCUAUUGGCACAGCUAGCAGAAGAGGCUGAAGCACAUGCAGAGUUUGCUAGCACGCUACAGAGCCACAGUGGCAAGCCCGCGGCCACCGCUCAAUCGGUCGAAGAAUACGAGAAAGAACUCAAGCAGCUACGCGCUCAGCAGAAGAAAGACCGCCGCGAUGCGGAUGAGGUGUCACAGGUCAUGGUGACCGAAUGCCAGCAGCUAUUGAGGCUCUUUGGUAUACCCUACGUCACGGCUCCCAUGGAAGCCGAAGCGCAAUGCGCGGAGCUGGUCAGACUGGGGCUCGUUGAUGGAAUUGUCACGGACGACUCGGAUACGUUCCUCUUUGGCGGCACCAGGGUCUACAAGAACAUGUUCAACGGCAACAAGUUUGUCGAGUGCUAUCUAGCAUCGGACCUGGAGAAGGAGUUGUCUCUGUCGCAGGAGAACCUCAUCUCACUUGCGCAGCUGCUGGGUUCCGACUACACAGAUGGCCUUCCUGGCGUGGGACCGGUCACGGCGGUCGAGAUUCUAUCCGAGUUCCCCGGCCCGGACGGCCUCUCUCGCUUCGCCGACUGGUGGCGCCAGGUGCAAAGUAGUCUCAACGUGUCUACAGAUGGCUGGAGCAGCUUCCUCCGCAAGUUCCGCAAGUCACAGGCGACGCGUCUGUUCCUGCCCCCGGGGUUCCCCAGCCCGGCGGUGCCAGAAGCGUACCUAAAGCCCGAGGUGGACAGCGACCCGGAGCCGUUUCAGUGGGGCGCACCCGACCUCUCGGGGCUGCGAGAUUUCCUCAUGGCAACGAUUGGCUGGAGCCAGGAGCGCACGGAUGAGGUGCUUGUGCCAGUCAUCCGGGAUAUCAACCGUCGCGAGCUCGAGGGUACUCAGAGCAACAUAACCAGGUUCUUUUCCGGCGGCGUCGGCGUUGGCGCCAGGCAGCAGCAGGAGGAAGCACAACAACAGGGCGAGGCGUUUGCGCCGAGGAGGGCCGCUAGGGGAGGGAGUAAACGUAUGGCCAAUGCAGUCUCGAGACUAAGAGCGCAGGCUUCCAGGGCUGACGCACCGACGGGUGGCGCUGAUGGCGAUGCUGGGGAAGCGCCGGCGUCUGGGCGGGGGACUGGUACACGGAAGCGCAAGGCUCGUGCCGAUGCUGUAGUUGAGGACGAGGACGGCUAUGAGGAUGUGGAUGGUGAUGCUGGUGAAGAUACUCAGGAGGUACAUGCAAGUGCUCGCGGAGGGAGACGCAAGAGGGGGAGAGCCGCCCAGAGAAAGGGGUAG